ACCAUUUGACAGCAGUGAAAAUGAAAAGUGAAAUUUUCGCGAUUGAUUAGAUGAAAAAUGUUUGUGUCUCAAAAUCGUAAUCUCGGUAGUAUAUAGCAAAGCAAAAUGUGUUGUAAUGCGUGUAAAGCUUAGUGUUUUAUAUGGGUGAUACAAAAAACGGCAUCCACGAUGCAAUGACUUCGAAUAGCAGCAACUUGGCCGUGUUGAAUUCCGUUCGACAUUCCAAUGUACUCUCCACUUCCGAUAGUCAAUCAUCAGGUACGCCUGCACCAACAAUAACAACAACAACAGCAGCAACCACGGCAGAGUUGAGUAACACCUCAAACCUUGGCGUUCUUCGCAGUACAUCUAAUACAUCGAACAUCACUGAUAAGUCUGACGAUAAUCUCGAUUCUUGUGGCAAGUCAAGUGAUAGUGGUAACUUGCUGGUCGCAAGCGACGCUCCCUCGCUCAGUAGCAGUAGCAACAAGCAAGAAAAGGGCGAAAAAGUCAAAAAUCAAAAGAAUCUCACCGAGCGUGCUAAGAAAACUCCUUGGUAUAACGCAAUUUAUCCUUCGUACAAGUCUCGAACAGAGGAAUUCAAAAAACUGUUCAAAGAUGUUUCGGACGACGAGCGUCUAAUUGUCGACUAUUCCAGUGCUAUCCAGAAGGACAUUUUGGUGCAUGGACGAUUGUAUGUGACACAGAAUUUUCUCUGCUUCCAUGCUAAUAUAAUCGUGUGGGAAACCCGUCUCACCAUACGUUGGAAAGACGUAACAUCGAUUACCAAAGAAAAAACGGCAAGGGUGAUUCCCAAUGCCAUACUGGUUUGUACGGACAGUGAGAAGCAUUUUCUCACCUCGUUCACCUCGCGCGAUAAGACGUACUUGAUGCUGUUUCGCGUGUGGCAAAAUGCGUUGAUGGACAAACCUAUCAAUCCACAAGAACUGUGGCAGUGGGUGCACACCUGUUAUGGAGAUCAGCUCGGUUUGACGAGUGACGACGAAGAUUAUAUCGAUCCGUACGAUCAGUCCUGUGAAAGUAUUACUAUAUCUAAACCAUUAUCUGAGGAAAUUCCAAAGGAUCUCAACGAUUUAUCCGACGAGUGUGUCGGCAUUAUGGUGGCCAAGGAAAGCAAACCAAAGAAAGCGGCCCAUCCGAAGGCGGCGUUCAAUCCGGAGAGUAAUCUAUCUACCCCGUCGGAACUGCUUCCGACGGAUAUGUCGGAUUCAACCGAAUCUGAGAAGGAAGAAGAAUUCUUCGCGGGCGUUGAGUGCAACUCGUUACAUUCCGGUCGGCAAUUGGUGCAUACAAUUUUGCCAAUUAAUGUCGACAUCCUGCUUGAGCUACUGUUCUCAAAGUCUAAAUUUUUGACCGAAUUUCACAACACUCGCAAAACAACCGAUAUGAUUCACGGUGAGUGGAAAGUGAACAAGGAUGGUCUGAAGGAACGGGUCGUUUGUAUGACGGUGGCGAUCACGCAAACAAUUGGGCCGCGAAGUGCUCAGGUUACGGAAACCCAGGUUAUGCGCGAUUGCAGCAAACCGGGACAACUGUAUUCGAUUGAUGUCAAUGCCGUUCAGGGAGGUAUCCCGUAUGCCGACAGUUUCUACGUCACACAACAUUUCUGCAUGUCACGCACCAAAGAUGAUCACACAGUUCUUUCAGUACAUGCCCAGAUCCACUACAAGAAAAAUAUUUUCGGAUUCGUUCGCGGUUUUAUCGAGAAGAAUACCUGGGUCGGACUGGAAGAUUUCUACAACGCACUGCUUCGUAGUUUGCAGAGUGAAUACUGCAUUCCACCGGCCAAAAGUAAAAGCCGAAGAUCUCGAAAAUCAUCAUCUUCCCAGCAUACGAAAGCUCUGGAAGAGCCAGCAUUGCUACGGCACAGCCCGUUGCCCAGCUCCAACACCACUAAGAUAGUAAAAUCUAAUCACACAACACCGCACAGUUUCGUUUCCUGGUUCGUUGUCAUCCUGCUGGUGAUUCUACUGUCCAUCAACGUGGCACUGUACAUGAAACUGUGGAAUCUGGAGGAGGAGAACGACAUCCUCUUCCGGAACGGUGCCAGCACGUUGGACAGAACGACGCUGCAGAAUCCACCGAUCACCCAUGCUGACUGGAUGGCACUGUUACACGAACAGGAAGCCAAACACGCCAAGGAAAUGGUCAAAUGGCAACAGGUGCUGCACACGGUGACGGAUCUUCUGAAAAAAAUUGGCAGUAUAUGCGAAAAUAUUCCCGAUAAUGUUACUAGUCAGCGGAAUGCUCUCCACAAUGACGAAUUAUAAAAAUCAAAAGAAAAAAAAAGUAGAUUUGUUUAGGUCCAGUCGUACUAUCUAAUAUAAAAUAGGUAUAGCAUAA